CCUGUCUUAACAGACCUCAGUGACCUGCUGGCAGAAGAAACACCAAGUAGUUGGGACCUGCUCCAGAAACCACUACACUGGCCUAACUUUCCUCCUGCCCAGGUGGUGUGUGUCCCGGGAGCGACAGGCCGGGGAGGAAAGGAUCCAAGUGAUGGACAGUGAGGGGUCCAAGAUCGGUGAGGGAGUGCCCUGGAGUCCACAAGUCCAGAAUGAGAAGAUGGGCUAAAUCACCAUGGGACUAUCUAUUGUUCCACUGAGGCUACUAUCCUCAGAAAUGGGCUAGAAUCUGAGGAAAGGGUGGUUCACCUCAGGGCCCUCCUGGAUGUUUAUUAGCCUCUUCUCCUCCAGAAUCUUCCUGUUCCUGGAGUUUCCUGGGUUGAGAUCAGGCCAAGAUACUGGAGAGCAAGGAGCAGGCUUAGCCUCAGUGACUAUUCUUUAUCCUGAAGUCUCUGGCUACAGGACCUUUUUGAAGCUGGGGUUCCCUCCUCCCCCACCUCUCUCCUGUGCUUCUGUGGGGCAUCCAGCCAUUUCAGGGCCUGCCUGGGAAGAAGACAGCAUCUCAGGGGCAGAGCCAAGGAACAAGGCACCCACCAUGGCCUUCCUCCUGAGGCUGCUCAGGUUUGGGACAGAGAAAAAGAAGGCAAAGCAUUAUACAAACGUGAAACGAGAUGUGAAUCCUGAGGAUUUGUGGGAACUUGUGGGAGAGCUGGGGGAUGGAGCCUUUGGGAAAGUAUUUAAGGUUCAGAACAAGGAGACCGGGGUCUUGGCUGCAGCCAAAGUGAUUGAGACUCAGAGUGAGGAGGAGCUGGAGGAUUACAUAAUGGAAAUUGACAUCUUGGCUGGCUGUGACCAUCCACACAUUGUUCAACUACUGGAUGCCCUCUAUUGGGAAGGCAAACUGUGGAUCCUCAUUGAGUUUUGCCCUGGAGGUGCUGUGGAUGCCAUCAUUCUGGAGCUGGAGAAAGGGUUGACAGAAGUGCAGAUCCAAGUAGUCUGUAAGCAGAUGUUGCAGGCUCUGGAAUAUCUGCAUGGAUCCAAGAUCAUUCAUCGGGACCUCAAGGCUGGGAACGUCCUGCUGUCUUCUGAAGGUUAUGUCAAACUUGCUGAUUUUGGAGUGUCAGCUAAGAAUUCCCGCACCUUGCAGCGAAGAGCUUCCUUCAUCGGGACACCGUACUGGAUGGCACCCGAGGUCAUCCAGUGUGAGACGUCCAAGGAGGCUCCCUAUGACUACAAGGCUGACAUCUGGUCCCUGGGGAUCACACUGAUAGAGAUGGCUGAAAUGGAGCCCCCCCAUCAUGAGCUGAACCCCAUGAGGGUGUUGUUAAGGAUCCACAAGUCCCCACCACCCACUCUGCGCUACCCUGAUCAAUGGUCUGAAGAGUUUAAAGACUUCCUGAGGAAAUCCUUGGAGAGGGAUCCUGAUAGCAGAUGGUCCGCCUGCCAGCUCCUGCAGCAUCCUUUUGUGUCAGAGGUGGAAGACAGCGGACCCCUACGGGAGCUGAUUGCAGAAGCUAAGGCAGAAGUCCUGGAGGAGUUUGAGGAAGAAGAGAUAGCCUCCUUUUCACCAAGUCGAGAACAUAAGCACACCUUGUCCAAUGAUGGCGUUCCUCCCCUAGAGCCAGAGAGACCCUCAAAAGACAGGAAGUUUUCUUUGGAGAAGCCAGAGAGAGGAGACACAGCCAACAAGGGCGUACAGCUCCUACCUACAGCUCUGGCAGUCAAAGGGAAUGACUUUAAACUUCAGGCUAGAGAGGAGAAUCAAGUAACCCUCCAGGAAAACCCCCAAGGAGAUUCUCCAAGCAAGCUAGUUGCCAGUUCCCUUGCUUAUUCUCCUAAUCCAGUAGGACCUGGGCUCAGCAGGCAGAGCUCCAUCGGUCCAAACCAAAGCCUGCUUCGGUCAAGAGCCAGCCGGACUUCCAGUUUGAAGAAGCAGAUGAGACGCAAAUCUGCACCUAUGUUGGUUGCACCCAUUGAAUCUCAAGGUUCCAUGAAGCUUUCCUCCAAAAGCCCUUCAGAUGUCUUGAAGCUAAUAAGACGAAGGUCAUUCUUUGGUGGGUUGAAGUCUCAGGACAUUCUUGACCCACCAGCCCAGGGGACUCAUGAGCUGUUGGCCACUCAAGGUGGAAAAGACCUUUUGGAAGAGCAGCUUACUUCCCACACUAAGCCUCGGGUCAUGCUAGACUCACAGAGUGAUGUUGCUCUUCCUACUCCCAGGGCACCCUCCCCUGGGCCAGACACGGUGAUGAACUGUGCAAUAGAUAAGCCACAGGGGUCACAGCUUCUCACAAGCUCCCCAGCGAACCUCACUGAGGAACGAAAGGGACACCUAACAAGAGAAAGAAUAACUACUGCUCAAAGUGGGACUUCAAAGAUAGAGAGCCGAGAAAAUACUGACUCAGGCAUCCCGGAGCAAAUCUCUCACCCUGCUGCUGCCCACCCUUCCACAGGAGACCAACAGCAGGUUAAUCUGAGUCUGGAAGACCCCACACUGACCAAUUCUACAUCAGGUCUGGAGACUUCAGAGGAGAAGCAUGAUCUCACAGGAAACCUGGAGAUUUCCUCAUAUGAGAGGAUGCCUGUUGGACCACAAGUGUCGAGUGAUCCCCUGUCUGAUAAAGAAAGGAAAGUCUCAUGCAGGCAAUGGACUGGGGAUGGACAGCUGGAAGGGGCCAAAGCUCAGCACCUGGAUGGGAUGUUUAUGUCUAGUCUUCUCGCAAAAGACGAAAAGUCAGGAGCUGAGUGUGUGAUGGAGGCUCUCAAUCUCUGCCAGACCAGGACCAGAUUCCUGAGCAUCCAGGACCCAGGGGCCCUCAUUCAGACCAACCUGCCCAAUCAUACUGAAGAGCUAACAAUGGAGGAUUCAGGACACUACCCAUGCUGUCCUCACGAGUCCUCCAGAUCAGGCGACGGACAGGGCUGUGGUACCCAAAAUCCAAAGAUGCCAUUCAAUGCAACACACUCUUCAUACCGAAAAGAACCCUGCCUCCCAAAGCCAGAGGCAGGGUGUAAAGAUUUGCUGCUGAGAGAAACAUUUGAGGAAAAAACUGAGGAUGCCAAGAAAAACACAUCCCCAGACUCAACAGGGAAAUCAAAGAGUCUCAGAGGGCAGGGGGCUCCCUCCUUGGGAGGGGAAAAUCAAGUAGUGACCACACAGUGUGAGAAGAAAGACACACAGGCAAAUUUCUCCAAAGGCGAGAAAGAGAUUCCAGGAACAGAGGGUAAUGUUGUAGUGACCCCUGUGGAGACCUUUAUCCCUAGACCCCCUCAGGGACAAGCCAGAGACCUAGAAGAAGGUCAUUGCAAGGAGCCUGCUCCAAACCUGGCUUCAACACCAGAGACCCUGGAGAAGCCAACAGGAUCAGGAAUCCCUGAGCCCCUGAGGGAUAGGAAGAAAGUUAAUUUUGCAGAAGGGAGCUUGGAAAACGGAUCCACUGGGGAAUCACGGAGUGAAGGCACGGUCCAGAAGACUGAGGCAAGACCUUUGGAAAGAAAUGACUCAAGAGACAUCAGGAACCAUGUGACUGAUGACAAUAUGCACAAUGCCAGGCCUUCACCAGUUAAAAGUGACAUUAGCCAGGACACCCAUUCCUUCAGGAAAACUGUAAAGAAAACACGCAAGUUUGUGGUGGAUGGAAAGGAGGUCAGUGUGACGACUUCUAGGCCUGUGCAGGAUGCUGACCGGAAAGGAGAGAGCAUCCGUUCUGCCCGCCGGAAGGAGCUACAGGAGCUCCGGCUCCUUCAGAAGGAAGAGCAGAGGGCCCAGGCUCAGCUAGAUCAGAGACUCCACCAGCAGAGGGAACAGAUGUUCCGCCACAUCGAGCUGGAAAUGACGGGCAAGAAACAACACUAUGAUAGCCAAGUGGAGGCUGUGGAACGCCAUCACCAUCAGAUUACAGAAAGGUUAGAAGCAGAGUAUACCCAGAGGCUCCAGGACCAGGCUCGACGCCUAAAAGCCCAGCAGGAGAAAGACUACACUCGAAAGUUGCCUGCCCUGAGAGAGAAUGGGAAAGAGGAGCAGAGUUUUCUCCAGCAGCAACAGGAACAGCUGAACCAAGCCCUACAGAAACUGAUCCAGGAGCAUAAGAAAAAAGUGACCUCCAUUGAAUGGGAAUGCACUAGCAAAGUCCAUAGCCUCAAAAGAGCCCGGGAGGCUGUGAUCUGGCAGCUGGAACAAUCCCAUUUACAAGACAAGUAUCAACUCUUCAAACAGCAGGUGAAGGAACAGUACUCCCUCCACAGGCAACAGUUGACCAAGCGCCAUGAGAAGGACAAUGAACGGAUGCAUAGUUUCCACAACCUCCUACUGGAAGAGUUGAAAAAUCAGCAGGCCCAGGAGAGAAGUCAGCAACUAAAGUCUCAACGAAGUGAGGUCAGGAUCCGCCUUGCCCAGUUCAAAGAAAGUCUCAAACUUCAGGACAUAAGUGGUGCUGAGCACAGAGAGCAAAUCAAACAGUUCUUGCAGCGAGAGGAAGGGCGCCAGAAGGCGGACACAGAGCAACACCAGCAGAAGCACCACAAACAGCUGCAGGAUCUGCAGCUGCAGCUGGAGGCCAACGUGCAGGAGGUGGGGCAGAUGCAGAAUGAAAAACUCCAGCGCCUGGUGGAACAAGAAAAGAAGAAGCUAACAGCCCUGGAUGACGAACACACCAUGGAGCUCCGCGAGUGGCAGGAGAGGCUAGCUACCCGGAAAGAGAUGCUGGAGGAGGAGCUGUCUAGAGCCCAGCUUCGUUUCCCAGGGCCCCGGAGAGGGAGUGAGCCAACAAGGAGGCUUCAACGGCUCUUCCCUGUGUUCCACUUCCCUACGUGAUAACCUCAGCCACAGUGAAGAGAGCUGGCUCACACCUUCUUUGACCUGGGAGAGCUAGCCCACACCUUCUUUGACCUGGGGGAGCUAGCCCACACCUUCUUUGACCUGGGAGAGCUAGCCCA